CUCUCCACCCUCCCUCCCUCGCUCUCCUGCACGGAGCUGCAGUAUAUGAGAGGGUCUCCUGGGUCUAGCUUCACUGCAGUGUAGAGAAGGGCAGGGCGGCAGUUUUAGUACGAUGCGCUGAAGGAUGGUGCACCAGGAGAAACGCGUUUACCAGGCCCAGAGGAACGAGAGGGAGUGCAUCAGGCAGAAACUUGCCCUUGGCAGUUUCUAUGACGACGAGCCAGUCAUCUACACCAGCUGCAGCAAAAAUGGCCUGUCCUCCCGACUGCAGAGUGGAGUGAACCUGCAGGUGUGUUUUGUGAAUGACAGCAGCAGUGACAAAGACAGUGAUGCUGAGGACAGCAGGACAGAAACCAGCCUGGACACACCGCUGUCACCUGUGAGCAAGCAGAGCUCGUCGUUAUCGGAUCGAGACACAGCGGAGGAGGACUCGGACCCAUUGGAUGACUGCGGCGGGUUCUGGAGGGUGCAGCGGAGGCUGCAGGAGGAGGCCCGGGUGGCGCUGGCUCUGGCUCGACCAAUGGCACGCAUGCAGGUGGAGGUGGAAAGGCAAAUCCAGCUGCACAGACGCUCACCUGUGGCUGACUUGCUUCCCCAUCUGCCCCACAUCAGCGAGGGUUUGAUGAAGAGGAAUCUGAGGCGGGGGGACAUGAGGGACAUGAGUCUAGGACAGCUGCAAGUCAUCACGAAUGACUUGCACUCACAGAUUCAGAGUCUAAAUGAGGAGCUGGUGCAGCUGCUGCUAUUAAGGGACGAGCUGCAUGUGGAGCAGGACGCCAUGCUGGUGGACAUAGAGGACCUCACCAGGCACGCUCACACACAUCAGCCGCGGCAACACGCUGAGAAAGCCAUCUCUAAAUAAAACAGCCCCCGUCUCUCUUCAAGUGUGACCAUUUGCACGUCAUCUUUACCUCCCGCUCCAUGGACCACGUCACCAGUGUUACUAAUGAAAACUCCAUCUGUGCUGACUGUUUCUGGAGAGAUUAAUACACCACAUGCUGUAAUAUUAACACACAGACACAUUCGUAUUGUAUAGCACCGCGGGACGAAGAUCCUGGACACGGUUGAGUUUGUGCAGGCGUUCCAUCACGCCAUAUUUCACAGAAUUAAGGGAAUCCUCUCAGCUUAAUUCCAUCCCUAACCCCGAUUUACCUCGUCAUGAUUUUGCACGGUACACUCAUGUAUGUUAAUGCCGGGGUCGGAGAGAGCACCUGCACGCCUUGUUUCCUCCCUGAUGAUGAUGAUGACUUUCGAGGGGCCACAUCUGACUGAACUAAAGAUCAAUUUGUGUUUUGUUUGUCUCAAUAAUAAUCACGAUCGAUCAGUUCAUUUAUAAACACGCUCGGUUCAACUGUUCAUCACCUCUUUCACUAAGAGCACUGUGUCAUCACUGUUUAACACUGGAAUUCAUUAUUAAACGUGUGCUGUCUGAGCUGUUGCAAUAGAAAAUGAUCAACUUUGCUGUUUUUCGCAGCCUAGCUUUAGCAUUUUAAAUGCUGCGGCAGCUUCUCUAAGGUUUGUGUAAGGAUCAUUUAGGCACAAUUGGAUGUAGUCAGUAGCCGCUACAGUUUCCACCUGCUUUAAAGAUGCGUUUAGAGCUCUACAGGGCAACAUUUUGAACUUUAUUCACACAAAUUCAAAUUUGACAGAUGCCUUUAUCCACAAGAUACUGGUUUAUAAAAUUAUUAGUGGAGGCAUGUCGACAUGAACAGGCCCUAAAUAAAAGUAUGCAAAGUCCUUUUUUGUUAUGCGCAAUCAAAUAAUACUAAAUAUAAACAUGUAAAACAAAUAUAUUGUUAAAUCACAGCCUCAACAUAUAUAUAUCUAUUUUAUCUGUUCAGAAGAUUUAUGGACAUUGUAUGUAAAUGUUAAAAGAGACUUUAUUAAACGGAUGAAGAACUCAGAAGCCUCAUCGUCUGGCUGUGUUUAAGUGUUUUCACUCUCACCUUAUUAAGAAUGUCAUUCAUCACUGAGAUAAGCUUUCUUUUUCUAAUGUAUGCUUCGUUGAAAAAUGUUCUGUAUAAUUACUGUAGAAAAAAAACAAACAAACAAAAAAAAAAACAGAAAAGAAGAAAAACUCCAGAAAUAAAUGUUUCAAACAUC